CUCCCUCCCUCCUCGGAGCCCGGCGUGAGGCAGCGGGCACGGCGGCGGAGGGGAGGGGAGGGGUGGAUGUAGGGGAUGUUCGCCCAACCGCCGUCACUGUCGCCCGGUCUCUCGCUCGGUGCGUCCUUCUCCUUUCCUUCUUCUUCUCUCCUCCUCCUCGUCGUCCCACUUGCUCCGCUCGACCAUCAUGGCUCUCAACAUCCCCGGCGUGAGCGUCAUGAUGUUCUUCUACCUUUUGGUGCUGGCCAUCGGCGUGUGGGCCUCCUUCAAGUCCAAGCGGGAGGCCAAGAAGGGCCGCGGAGACCAGACGGAGAUGGCGCUGCUCGGCAACCGCGGCAUCAACCUGGCGGUCGGCAUCUUCACCAUGACGGCCACGUGGGUCGGCGGCGGGUUCAUCGUGGGCACGGCGGAGGCCGUCUACAACCCGUCCAUGGGGCUCAUCUGGGCCGUCAUGCCCGUCACGGCCACCAUGUGCUUCAUCUUCGGUGGCCUGUUCUUUGCCGAGCCUAUGCGCAACAGCAAGUACGUGACCAUGAUGGACCCCUUCCACAUCAAGUACGGCAAAGUGGCCACGGCCGCCCUCUCUAUGGCUGCGCUGGUCUCUGAGAUUAUGUGGGUGACCGGCACUCUCAUAGGAUUAGGCGUGACCAUGAGCGUGAUCCUGGAUCUGUCGUACACGGUCAGCAUCUGGAUCUCGGCCGCCGUGGCCAUCACCUACACGCUGCUGGGUGGACUCUACUCAGUGGCCUACACCGACAUCAUCCAGCUGGUGCUCAUCUUCAUCAGCCUGUGGAUGUGCGUUCCGUUCGCGCUGAUGAGCCCCGCUGUAACGGACAUCACCCAGACAGCGUACAACUACACCUUCCAGCCGCCGUGGGUGGGGACGCUGGAGGAAGACCGAGUGUGGCGCUGGAUCGACAACUUCUUAAUCCUGGGUUUGGGCAACCUGGGCCUUCAGAACUUCCACCAGAGGACUUUGUCUGCUGCCUCGUCCACCACGGCCAAGAUUACCUGUUUUGCCGCUGCCUUCAUCGUCCCCACUCUGGGGAUUCCUCCCAUCUUGCUGGGCGCAGCCGCCGCCUCCACAGACUGGAACAUGACCACUUACGGUUCUCCGUCCCCGUUCGAGCGAGGUCAGACAGGCCUGGUGCUGCCCAUUGUGUUGCAGCACCUCACCCCUCAAUACAUCUCCAUCGUGGGCAUCGGAGCCGUGGCAGCCGCCGUCAUGUCAUCCACCGACUCGGCCCUGCUUUCCGCCGCCUCCAUCUUCACCUCCAACAUCUACAAGAACAUCCUCAGGACUCAGGCUUCCGAGCAAGAGCUCCAAUGGGUGAUCCGCGCGUCUGUGGUGGUGGUGGGCCUGGCGGGGACGUCGCUGACCUUCCUGGACAACAGCGUGCUGAUGAUCUGGAUGCUGCGUUCGGACCUGACCUACACGCUCAUGUUGCCGCAGCUGGUGUGCGUCCUCUUCUUUGCCGUGUCCAACGGCUAUGGGGCUGUCCUGGGUUGCCUGAGCGGGACUCUCCUCCGGGUCCUGUGCGGUGAGCCCGUGCUGGGCCUCCCGCCAGCGCUGCGCUUCCCUGGCGGCGCACUGGUGGACGGCGUCUAUGUGCAGAGCUGGCCCAUCCGCACCAUCUGCAUGCUGGCGGCGGUGGCGUCCAUUUUGUCCUUCUCCUUCCUGGCCUCACUGCUUUUCCACAAAGGCGUGAUCCCCAAGAGGUGGGACUUUUUCCAAGUGCUGACGCGGGACUCGGCCGAGACGCCCGACGGAUCCAAGUACGACAUCAAAGACGACGACGACGAUGUAAAGGAACAAAAUGAAAGCAAGGAAGUGUGCGAACCCAUGCUGGAAUCCACUUUCUAGAAAGCGCGACUCAGGUCCAAACGCCACCGUACCUGAUCGUAUGCAGGAUUAGUCGUAGGAUACAGUCAUUCCCCGCUAUUCGUGGCCCACUGAGAGCACCAAGUUGUCAAGCCUUCCUUCUUUCCAAUCGAAAAGCCGCAAAUGAAAAAGAAACGUUGUUUCUUAAGGGUCUUGCUCGCCAGCCCGGAGACAAGUUGCCGUCCCGAGGGCCGCUCUAGUCCCCGCAAAAGAAGGAGUUGACCCGUUCUUACAACAGUUAUGGCAGCCGUUAGUCCAGGUUUGAUCACGUGACGUUGCGCAAGCGCUCAAUAGUCAAACAGCAAAGCUUAACCUCAGAUGAUGAACUCGGCUACGUUCUUAUUCCAGCUUUACCUUCAAGUGUCUUUCAAAAAAUAGCCUAGCUUGCCCACCUCUCUCGCCAAAAUGCUUGCGAGUGGUGUACAUUGCACAGCAGAUCCAAUCACGAGGAAGUGGCUGAAGCGUUGGUUCAAAAUAACCCCACUCUCACUCUAUACUCGCCGAGUUACUCUCGCACAACCUGCCUCUUCCUUGACAAUCGUUUUUAUGGUUUUGUGAAAGCAGCACAGUGUAAAUCUUUGGCAGUUCUCUAUUGCAGCGCACCCGUAGAUGAAAUUGCUCAACGUGCUGGUGUGCGUCAACAGUCUCCCACCCCACCCUUCAAUCGUGGUGGUCCAAGUUGGUUUCACAAUACCAAAAAAAUGUUUUUGGGGACAAAAAUGGCCCGCUGUCCAAUUUGGUCUUAAAAUACCAAAACAUUUAAUUUGGGGAAAAAUAGCCCACUGGCCUCUCUAAACUGUUUGCCAGUCCAGAUAGAACACAUCAACAUACUUCUUUGACUCUAAUUCCUAUGUAGACAGGGUUUAUGCAGCGUCUUGUGGCAAUAUUUCACAACAUGUAAAAGGAAGAAAAUGCAAACAGGUAAUUCCAUGUAAUGAACCACGAAUAUAAGGGGGAUAACUGUAUUUUUUUUUUUUUUUUUUUUAGCGUGUAUACUGAACGGUGUACACAGGGAAAAAACUACAGCUAUGCUCUCUGUUUUAAGAGCUAUGCAUCUUCUGCAAUUUUAUGCAGCAUUGACACUUCCAGGCACGGACAGAGAGGCACUGUUUCCAAAAUGGACGUGAAUGUGUUCAGGGUCAAGCGACUUUGCCACCAGCCGAUUUCAAAACAUUUGCCAGUAAAAACAAAAUGCUGGAAAUGUUUUGUUUUCUUUCUUUCCUUUUAUUGUAUUUUAGCUUCUUAGACAAGUAGGUGAUUGUUAACAGCUGAUUGUAUCGUGACUGAGUGAGAAGGGCUCUCAAGCACGAGCACUUAAUUGUACAAAAAUAACAAAAGAUCUGCCUGCCUAUGCAACCAAGUGUGAAUGGUUUGUCAUUAAACCCUUUGUUAGCCCUCUUUGACGAGGUGUGUCGUCAUUAAGG